ACUCACUCACACACAAUGUGCCAUCCUGACAAGGCUUUUACUUCUGAUAAGCUCCAAUGUGUGUUUAAUGAAUACAAAGCCGCGGUCUGGGUGCCGCCUCGGCCGCGGCCGCUCUCCCGCGCUCCUUUGCCAGAAGCUGGCGGAGAGAAUUUACAUUUAAAGAUUAGCAGAGUGAGAAAGAGAAAUCUGCCUUUUGUUGUGUGGGGUGAGGAGGAGGCAUACCCUGGCCUUGACGCUAUCUCCCAUCACCUCUGCUAUCCAGACAGGACUCACCGAGAUCGUACUGAGAAGCACUCCACAAUGCCAGACUCACCUGUGGAUGUGAAGACGCAAUCUAGGCUGACUCCUCCAACGAUGCCACCUCCCCCAACUACUCAAGGAGCUCCAAGAACCAGUUCAUUUACACCGACAACGUUAACUAAUGGCACGAGCCAUUCUCCUACAGCCUUGAAUGGCGCCCCCUCACCACCCAAUGGCUUCAGCAAUGGGCCUUCCUCUUCUUCCUCCUCCUCUCUGGCUAAUCAACAGCUGCCCCCAGCCUGUGGUGCCAGGCAACUCAGCAAGCUGAAAAGGUUCCUUACUACCCUGCAGCAGUUUGGCAAUGACAUUUCACCCGAGAUAGGAGAAAGAGUUCGCACCCUCGUUCUGGGACUAGUGAACUCCACUUUGACAAUUGAAGAAUUUCAUUCCAAACUGCAAGAAGCUACUAACUUCCCACUGCGACCUUUUGUCAUCCCAUUUUUGAAGGCCAACUUGCCCCUGCUGCAGCGUGAGCUCCUCCACUGCGCAAGACUGGCCAAACAGAACCCUGCCCAGUACCUCGCCCAGCAUGAACAGCUGCUUCUGGAUGCCAGCACCACCUCACCUGUUGACUCCUCAGAGCUGCUUCUCGAUGUGAACGAAAACGGGAAGAGGCGAACUCCAGACAGAACCAAAGAAAAUGGCUUUGACAGAGAGCCUUUGCACUCAGAACAUCCAAGCAAGCGACCAUGCACUAUUAGCCCAGGCCAGCGGUACAGUCCAAAUAACGGCUUAUCCUACCAGCCCAAUGGCCUGCCUCACCCCACCCCACCUCCACCUCAGCAUUACCGUUUGGAUGAUAUGGCCAUUGCCCACCACUACAGGGACUCAUAUCGACACCCCAGCCACAGGGACCUCAGGGACAGAAACAGACCUAUGGGGUUGCAUGGCACACGUCAAGAAGAAAUGAUUGAUCACAGACUAACAGACAGAGAAUGGGCAGAAGAGUGGAAACAUCUUGACCAUCUGUUAAACUGCAUAAUGGACAUGGUAGAAAAAACAAGGCGAUCUCUCACCGUACUAAGGCGGUGUCAAGAAGCAGACCGGGAGGAAUUGAAUUACUGGAUCCGGCGGUACAGUGACGCCGAGGACUUAAAAAAAGGUGGUGGCAGUAGCAGCAGCCACUCCAGGCAGCAGAGUCCUGUCAACCCAGACCCAGUUGCACUAGACGCGCAUCGGGAAUUCCUUCACAGGCCUGCGUCUGGAUACGUGCCAGAGGAGAUCUGGAAGAAAGCUGAGGAGGCCGUCAACGAGGUGAAGCGCCAGGCGAUGACGGAGCUGCAGAAGGCCGUGUCUGAGGCGGAGCGGAAAGCCCACGACAUGAUCACGACAGAGAGGGCCAAGAUGGAGCGCACGGUUGCCGAGGCCAAACGGCAGGCGGCGGAGGAUGCGCUGGCAGUUAUCAAUCAGCAGGAGGAUUCAAGCGAGAGUUGCUGGAAUUGUGGCCGUAAAGCGAGUGAAACCUGCAGUGGCUGUAACACAGCCCGAUACUGUGGCUCAUUUUGCCAGCACAAAGACUGGGAGAAGCACCAUCACAUCUGUGGACAGACCCUGCAGGCCCAGCAGCAGGGAGACACACCUGCAGUCAGCUCCUCUGUCACGCCCAACAGCGGGGCUGGGAGCCCGAUGGACACACCACCAGCAGCCACUCCGAGGUCAACCACCCCGGGAACCCCUUCCACCAUAGAGACAACCCCUCGCUAGACGUGAACUCAGAACUGUCGGAGGAAAGACAACACAACCAACGCGAAACCAAUUCCUCAUCCUCAGAUGCUCAAAGUUGUUUUUUUUGUUUGUUUGUUUAUUAGAUGAAUUAUCCUAUUUCAGUACUUCAGCAAGAGAGAACCUAACUGUAUCUUGAGGUGGUAGUAAAACACAGAGGGCCAGUAACGGGUCGUAAUGACUUAUUGUGGAUAACAAAGAUAUCUUUUCUUUAGAGAACUGAAAAGAGAGCAGAGAAUAUAACAUGAAAUGAUAGAUUUGACCUCCUCCCUGUUAUUUUCAAGUAGCUGGGAUUUUAAACUAGAUGACCUCAUUAACCGAUGCUUUACCAAACAGCAAACCAAGAGAUUGCUAAUUGCUGUUGAAAGCAAAAAUGCUAAUAUUAAAAGUCACAAUGUUCUUUAUAUACAAUAAUGGAAAAAAAAAAAGAGGAAAACCCUCAAGGGCAUGAGCAUUGGAUACAGCAGUAGACAUUUUAACAAGAAGAUGAAUGGCGUCCGUGGGUUGCUAACUGAACUUUGAAGACCCGCUACAAAACGCGCAGAUGUGCAGCAGAUUGGAAGGAGACACAGAUGUUCGGUUUUUUUCCUGUUUCUGAAACGAAAUAAUAAUAUCCAGGUCAACAGAAUGAAAAA